AUAUAGUAUUUGUGCUAUAUGAAUAUGAUAAUUGUAAUAUGUGAAUGUACAUGGGCGACGGGCCGGCACGGCACAGGCACGCUUCAUGCCCAUUUAUUUUGUGUCGUGCUUGGCACGGCCAGUCAGUUUUUAUGAUGUUUCGUGCAAGCCGAUUUGUUACUUUUGCUAGGCCCGGGUCGGACCCGGGCACGGUUUGAAUUGUGGUGUGCCUACUCGUGCUCGUGUCAUGCUCAUAUUUGUGUUUAACGAAAAGGAAGAAAAUAAAAGAGGGAAUGAAAAAGGAGAAAAUUGGACGGAGAAUUAAAGUAUGGGUUAAUAUUUUCGUAUGGCCUGAACUUUGACCAAAAUAAACAUCCUGACCAAUCUUUUCGAUCUAUAACAUUCUGGCCCGAACUAUACACCAAAAUAAAUAAUCUGGCCAGAACCGACUUUUGACCGUUAACUUGGACGGUCAAACGCGUUGACCGUUAGUCAACGCGCCAUGUCACUGCCAAGUUAGCAUAAAAUAUUUAAAAUAAUUCACAAUUUCCACACAUUCCCUAAUUUUAAAUUAUUAUAAAUUAAAAAAAAUCAUCUAAUACGUUAGUUAAACCAAAAAUAAAAAAUGAAAAAAUUAAAUAUUUAUCAGAUCUUCUGACUUGGCAGUGACGUGGCGCGUUGACCGUUAGUCAACGCGUUUGACCGUCCAAGUUAACGGUCAAACAUCGGGUUUGGCCAAAUUGUUUAUAUUGGUGUAUAGUUCGGGCCAGGAUGUUAUAGAUCGAAAAGAUUGGCCAUGAUGUUUAUUUUGGUCAAAGUUCAGGCCAUACAAAAAUAUUAACCUUUAAAGUAUUUACCAAGAAUGUUUGAGAAACGUAAAACAAAGGUGAAAAGCAAAUUGUAAGUAUAGCGAGUGAAGUUACUUUGUUUAAUUCUUCAUUCACUUUUUGUUAUGUUAGUAAUUAUAUAUAUAUAUAUAUUAAUGAUCUAACAAAUAAUUAUUUUGUACUUAUAUUUGCAAUAUUUGAACCUAUUAUUCUUUUUAAAUUUAUUUUUUAUCAAAUUAAUAUUUUUUUGUGCUAUGUUUGUUCUUAUACUUAAUAAGAUUUUGAAAAUAUUAGGCCCGCCACGACCCAUUUACAUACUAUGUCGAGCCCGUGCCCAUGAAAUUUAGGCCCGACACGACCCCUAAAGAAUUCGUGCUCGUGUCGGGCUGUCCCAUAUAUUUCGUGUCGGGGCUCGUGUCAGGCUCUAACCGUGUCGUGUCGUGCAAGCCCGUUGGCGGCCCGGCCCGGUGUCCACGUACAUGUGUGAAUAUUAUAUUUGUGUUGUGCGAAUAUUCUAUGUGUUAUGAGGAUAUAAUAUUUGUAUAAUUUAACUAUUAAAAUUAGAAAAGACAUCCUCAAUGUUUCUUUUAUACAAAAGAUAAUCAUAUAUUGAUUGAACAAAUAGAUAGUUACAUCCUGGAAUUCAGUCAGGCCUGAAAAUCAAAUAAACGACUCAUAGUCGGGUACAAAGAAAGGGCCUUUCUAGCCAACAAAUGAGCUACCCUAUUGUUACGCCGACCAACAAAUCGUACAUUGAAGCCCAUAUUCAUAUCAAAGGAAUGGACGACUUCUUCAAGAAUCGAUCCCACUCGGUUAUCCCUUAUAUCCCUCUGAAGGAUCUUCUCUAUGAUAACCUGUGCAUCACCUUCAAACCUAACUGCAGUGAAGCUAGUGCCCACACACCACGCGAUAGCCUCCCGGAGAACAAGCACCUCAAUCAUCAUAGGCUCAUCCAACUCCGGGAAUUGGACCCCUUAACGGCUUAACCAAUAGAACCUCUCUGUGUGGAGUCAUGAGGACCAUCUCACCUGCCAAAUGAGACCCACUCCUAACUGCCCCAUCCCACAUACAAAUCACAAAAUUUGACCCAAUUGGAUCUGAGGGAGGAGAAGGAGAGUGAAGUACAUGAAGGACCCGGUCCACCGGUAGAUUAACCCAUUCCUGAACCUGUUGGUUAAACUGUCGCAUCAAAGCGGGGACCCCAAACUGCUUGCCAUUAAAGACAACCCAGUUUCGAGAUCGCCAGAUCCGCCAUAGGACGACAACAACCGACAUUAUCAAAAUUGGCUGAUGAAUCAAAGUCAAUAAAUUUUUCAGAAAAAGGGGGAAGGUAUGACGAGGCAACCCUUCUCCAAGGUAUCCUCAAUGUCUGACCAUAAUGUGACAUGAAGAUAGAAUUUGUUAGAAUAGAAACGAGACAAACAAAAUGCACUUUAAUUCGUGUUAUGUACGAAUAUUGUAUUAGUGUUAUACAAAUAUGAUAUUUAGGUUAUGUAUAUAUUUUAUUUGUGUUAUAAGAAUAUAAUAUUUUAUUUAUAUUCUUUUCUUCUCCCUACAUAAAAAUUUACAAAAAAAUUACAACAAAUGGAUUAUACACAUCAUCUCCCUAGGGAUGGUAUUCAAUAUAACCGGUUACCAAAUACCGACGGUAUCGGUAUGCGACAGCGUAAUUAGGCAGGGACGUCCCAUGAUAUUCGGAGGCCCUGUUCGAGAAUUUAAAAUGUGGCCCAAAUAUUUUUUUCUCACAAAUUUAUUAAAACUAAAAAUUAUUAAAUAAUAAUAAUAAUAAUAAUUACAUAAGUUCAAAAAACGAUUACUAAAGUAAUAAUAUUAUCUAUCUUUGUUCAUAAAGUAACAAUCGUCUAGCAUUAUUUGAGAUAAAAUCCUCGAUUAGCCCUUCCAUCUUCUCUAUAUCUUUUAAAAAAUGAAAUCAAUCCAUCUAUUUCUAAAAUAGCAUCAUCAACAAGCAUAUCUUUAGAUUGUAAAUGUUUACUAACAUAAUUCGUUUUUGUGCAAUAUUUCAUACCAAAUAACUAAUGAAACAAUAAAGUCAUAAUCACGAAGUUCAUUUUGUGCCAAAGAUUUAGCUUCACUUCUAAUUUUCAAAUCGCCAUCAAGAUCGGCUAUUAGUAUCCAUCUAGGCUCCACAAUUCUCUGUUUUCUUUUACGCUUAGAACUACCUUUUUCGAAUUUUUGGGUUGGCAUAAUUAAAAGUUAUAACCAAAGCUUAAUGAUUCCAAAUUUCCAAUCAAUAUUAAGUUCCCGGUAAAAGAAAAGGAAAAAGGUUAGAAUUUAAAACAAGUUGAUAGGAGCGUGGAUAAUUGGGAUGAACAUUGAUUAGGAGUUAAUUAGAAUUGAGGGUGAAUAAUUAAUAUUUAGGCCUUGAAUGGUUAUGGAAAAUUGGGGAAAAUUGGGGAAAGAGAAGAAGAAAGGCUUUAAAUUGUA